AUGGCCCUGAGGCGAAGUCAGCCAAGUCAGCAGAGUCAGCGAAGUCAGCAGAGUCAGCGAAGUCAGCAGAGUCAGCGAAGUCAGCAGAGUCAGCGGAGUCAGCAGAGUCAGCGAAGUCAGCAGAGUCAGCGAAGUCAGCAGAGUCAGCGGAGUCAGCAGAGUCAGCGGAGUCAGCAGAGUCAGCGAAGUCAGCAGAGUCAGCGAAGUCAGCAGAGUCAGCGAAGUCAGCAGAGUCAGCGGAGUCAGCAGAGUCAGCGGAGUCAGCAGAGUCAGCGGAGUCAGCAGAGUCAGCGAAGUCAGCAGACUCAGCGAAGUCAGCAGAGUCAGCGAAGUCAGCAGAGUCAGCGGAGUCAGCAGAGUCAGCGGAGUCAGCAGAGUCAGCGGAGUCAGCGGAGUCAGCGAAGUAAAAUGCUUGCAUGA